CAAAAGUAUUUCUUUCCGUUUUGAUUCAUAAGCAAACCACACACUUACUUUUUAUACUUCAAAAUGGCAUAUGCACAAAAGGAUGGUAAAGACACUGUUGUCUUUGUAGAUAAGGAAUAUAUUGAUAGCCAAGAAGAAGAAGUGAUCACUCCUCAACAAAAAGAAAGUGAAGAAAAGGAUCAAUCUGCUGCUUAUGAUCCUGAAACUGGCGAAAUCAACUGGGAUUGUCCUUGUCUUGGUGGUAUGGCUCAAGGUCCCUGUGGUGAACAAUUCAAAGCUGCAUUCAGUUGCUUUGUAUAUUCUGAAGCUGAACCUAAAGGCGUUGACUGUAUAGAAAAGUUCAAGAAUAUGCAAGACUGUUUCCGUGAACAUCCUGAUAUUUAUGGAGACGAAAUUGACGACGACGACGAUGACGAGGAAGUAGAAGCAAAGCAAGGUGAAAAACAAGAAGAAUCCCAAGUCAAUGAACAACAAGAAACUGAAGAAAAGGAACAAGUAACAGCAUCAAAUGCUUUUGAACAAGGUGAUGACAAUCAAUCAUGGUUCUCUUCUUGUAUCAUGUCAAGUAAAAAGUCAAAGUCCAAAACUUCAACACCGCCACCACCUAACGGUAACAACAAACAACAACGUGGAAAACCAAGUGAUCCAGUCAAAGAUGGUGCUAAUGACAACAAGAAAUCAAUCUUUGGUGACUGGACAGGCAAAACUCCUAUUACAUUAUUGCACGAACAUUGUCAAAAGCACGACUGGGAAAAGGCAGUUAUUGAUAUGGAUCGCAAGAAACAAGGUUUUGUAGCCACUGUUCGAUUAGGAAAACGUAACAAGAAAACAGCACAAAUCCAGACCGUCCUCCUGUCACCUCCUGAUAUUUACUUUCCUACGGCUGUCGAAGCUCGUCAUGCUGCGGCAACUUUUGCGUUACAUCGAGUCAAUUCACAUAUGAAUAUGCACCAUGUCCUACCUCCUCAACAUCGUGAUCUGUGGCGUCAGUUUGAAUCUUUAAAGACAAGUGCUAAUGCCUGGCAGUAUUCACCUGAUCCAUUCAAUGCUCAACCACCUACACCUAUCGCCAGAUCCAAACGUCAAUUACCAACAAAAGAACAUGCCAAUGCAGCCAUUCCUAUGCCUCUCAUUCAACAACAAGAACAAUUCUCUUCAACUACCAGUCGGUCAGCAUCGGCUGCUUUGGAUCAAGAUAUGGAUGAAAAAAUGCAAAAGUUUUGGGCAAGUCUACCUACUGUUCAUAUGACCUCUGAAAAUAGAAUUAUGAUUGAAUCCAUUGUCAAGCAAUCUGAUCUAGUUUAUCAACCAUCUACGAAGAAGCUGAAACCUGAUGAAAAACAAGAAAUCAUGGAUGGUUUGAUCAAAAUGGGGUUUCGUCCUUCUCAUGUCAACGAAGCUUUGGAUUAUUGCUCUGAUACAGCCUCUGCCUUGGAUUGGUUAUGUUUGCACGUACCAGAAGAUGAUUUACCUGGUCACUUUUUACAUGGAAGUUAUAAUCCAAAAAUGACUACCAUUUCUCAUACAACCCAAUCUCUUGGACGUGAUUGGCUUCUCAAACGAAUGAAUUCUAUUGGAUAUCCAGCAUCGAUCUGUGAAGAAGCAAUGCAACAAAUGGGCGAUGAUGACAGCAAAGCAUUGGAAUUAUUACAAUGGCGACUCGUCCACGCGGAUACUGACAUGCCUGAAAUGGAAGCUACCACCAUGGACGAUCAAGAAUUAAAGGAUGCACGAGAAGAAGAAAUUAUUGCUUUGGAAUCCAUAUAUGAAUCACGAUUUCAAAGAGAAAUUGAUCAGGAUCAACGUCAGCACUAUAAGAUACAAUAUAUGGUACAGGUAGAUACGACUACGAAGACAACAACUACGAUCGUCAACAAAAAGAAACAAACCAAGACGGCUCUCCCACCUCGUCAGCCAUUGAUUUUGGAUAUCAUGAUUCCGACUCAUUCUACAUACCCACAUGCCCUUCCUGUUUUUAUGAUCCAUUGUGAUGGUUUACCGUCAUAUCUCAAACUCUCGAUGAUUCAAGGACUAGUAGAGGAAGGCGAACGUAAUAUGGGAAUGCCUAUGAUUUAUAUGUGUGCUGAAUGGUUACAAGAACAAGCUGACAAUCUGAUUGCAAACCCACCCAAGUUACGCAAGAUCACGGAUGGUCUUAUGACAACGCCUUUGGCUCCCAAGAAGGUACAACGAAGAAACAAAAAGAUUGGACAACGAUAUCAACAACAAGCACCUCUUUGCCAAGAUCAGCAACUUUCUGCCACACUUAAAUCUGAACUGGAGUCUAUGCAUGCAAGCGAUGCCUAUCAACCUUUUGCUACUGUUCGUUCCAAAUUACCUGCUGAUGCAUUCAAAACAAAGGUUAUCCAAGCUGUUCAAAAGCAUCAAGUCACCAUUGUAUCUGGAGAAACAGGUUGCGGAAAAACAACCCAAGUGCCUCAGUUUUUAUUGGAUGAAGCAAUUAUGAAAAAUCAAGGAUCAACUUGUAGUAUCAUCUGUACUCAGCCUCGAAAAAUCUCUGCUAUUGGUGUUGCUGAGCGUGUUGCUGCCGAACGGUGUGAAGCUAUUGGUCAAACUGUGGGUUAUGCUAUUCGUGGUGAAACAAAGGUAUCUGCCACUACAAGAUUACAAUUUGUCACCACUGGUGUAUUACUUCGUAGAAUUCAUAGUGAUCCUACUUUGAAAGGAAUCAGCCAUGUCAUGAUUGAUGAAGUACAUGAAAGAUCUGUUGAUAGCGACUUUUUAUUGAUCAUCUUGCGACAACUUAUUCAAAAACGAAAAGAUAUCAAAAUCGUAUUAAUGAGUGCUACUAUCAAUCAAGAAUUAUUCUCAGGUUACUUUGGUGGAGCUCCUACUGUUGAAAUCCCAGGAUUUACUCACCCUGUUGAAGACAAUUAUCUUGAAGAUAUCCUUGCAAUGACGACAUAUGUAUCGAAAAUGCCAUACUCCAAUAAAAAGGAUAAGGAUGACGAAGAAAAUGGAUUGAACAAACCAGCAGGACAAUGGGCGCAGUGGCAACUGCCUUAUUUAGAAAAAGGGUAUGAUGAACGAACAGUGCAUUCUUUGGCAAGGUACCGAAAUCAAGACAAGAUCGAUUAUGAUUUGGUAGCUCAAACAGUCAAGUACAUUGUGGACAAUGAAACAUUGAAAAUUGAUGAUGGUACGGAGCCUGCAAUAUUGAUCUUUAUGCCUGGUGCAAUGGAAAUCAAACGAUGCGUGGAAUCUCUUCAAUCGACUUUACCGUCCUCCAGUGUUUAUGAUAUUUUACCUCUUCAUGCCAAUUUAUCACCUCAAGAACAAACUCGCGUCUUCAAACCAGUCAAAAAGGGUGUUCGUAAGGUAGUGGUGGCAACCAAUGUAGCAGAAACAUCGAUUACAAUUGAAGGGGUGAUAUAUGUGAUUGAUUCGGGUCGUGUGAAGGAAACACAAUACGAUGCUGGUAGCAAUAUGAUGCAUUUGGUAGAAACAUGGGCUUCAAGAGCUUCUUGCAAACAACGACGUGGGCGUGCUGGGCGUACUCGACCUGGAAAAUGUUUCAAAUUGUUUACUCGGGAUACGGAGGAACGAAAAAUGAGACCGCAACAAGUACCUGAAUUGCUUCGGACACCUUUGGAACAACUUUGUUUACAAGUGAAAUCUAUGGCUAGUAGUGAUGAUGGUUCUAUUUUGGAUGUUAAAACCUUUUUACGUAGUGCCAUUGAUCCUCCCUCUAUUACUGCUUUGAACACGGCUCUGGCAACGCUUAGGGCAGUAGAUGCUAUUGAUGAUACAGAACGUGGGGAUUUAACACCUUUAGGCAAACAUAUGGCAAACAUUCCUGCCGAUCUUAGGAUCAGCAAAAUGCUUCUAUUUGGUUCCAUCUUCAAAUGCCUCGAUCCUAUAUUAACAAUUGCUGCCACUAUGUCUUUGAAAAGUCCUUUUACGUCUCCAAUGGAAAAACGGGAAGAAGCCAAAGAGGCCAGGGAAAAGUUUAUCUAUGGAAACAGUGAUUGGCUUACAGAUAUGCGUGCAUAUGAUGAAUGGUAUCAAAUUAUCAAGACAAGGGGAAUUCGGGAAGCUAGACUUUUUUGUGAAGAAAACUUUCUAUCAUUUGCAACCAUGACAGAAAUUCAAUCUUUACGACGACAAUAUGCUGAUAGUUUGAAGGAAAUUGGAUUCUAUGACCCGACUCGUUAUGGUGGUGAUGAUUAUUAUAAUAGUAAUCAAGAGAAUACCAAUCUAUUGAAAAGCAUUAUCUUUGGAGGUCUUAAUCCUAAUUUGGCCCGGAUUCGAUUACCUGAUACCAAAUAUGAUAAGGUUCUUAGUGGUACUGUGGAAAGGGAAAAAGAAGCCAAGGAAAUCAAGUUUUAUACAAAACAGGAUGGUCGUGUAUUUCUUCAUCCAGCAUCGAUACUCUUCAACACUAAUCAAUAUGGGGCUUCGUUUUUGACGUAUUUUUCAAGAAUGACGACCAGCAAGACAUUCCUUCGAGAUGGGACUGAAGUACCUUCAUAUGCGAUUCUUUUCUUUGGUGGCAAAUUGGACGUAGAUCAUUUAGGAAGAGGAUUGAAAAUAGGGGAUGGUUGGCUCAAGUUUAGAGCUUGGGCUCGUAUUGGUGUGUUGGUGAAUCAAUUGAAACGACUUUUAUCUGCAGAAUUGGAAAGCAAGAUUGAAGAUCCUAAUCAAGACAUUUCUUCAAGUGGUGUUGUAGAUGCUAUGGUUACUCUGAUCUCUAGUGAUGGUAUUUAAUGUUACUUCUCCCCUUUUAUUUUUUUCCCCCUUAUUGUUCCCCCCCGUUGAUCCAUAAAUACAUAUAGAUAAAUAGAUACUUUUUUUUUUGAAUGAAU